AUUCAGCAGUAGCUAGCGUAAACUAAAAAACCUACAAAGUGUAUGCUCGCUAGUAUCUAACCAGCUGGUCUUUCAGAUUUGGCAGUUUCGGCUCGCACUAAAUGUUAGCACUACUGUAAGGGAUACCAAAAUUGUUUCCCAUACAAAGUGACUCACACACAAUAUUGCAGCUCGUUGCGAGUAAAUUUUGCGCUCGCUACACUCUGCGUAUUGUUUCCACUCCAGCUGCAAUCCGUGAGAUACACGUAGGCCAAGCAUUUGGCGCCUGAGUACUGGGUUCACACUUAUGCUCCCGGUAUCUUCUGCUCACACAAAUACUGGCUACUCUUCUGCAUACUCUGACGAUUACUCGGUUUAGUUGUAAAACUGCAGUUCAGCAAUGAGCAACAUUGGAGACGGGUUUCGGUACGAAUAUUUUGUGAUUUAAUACAGUUCAAGCCAACACUCGUGUAUUGGCAUUUUCUACUGUCUAACGGUCGUUCGCGCUGAAACACUCAACGGUGUUUAGUAAGAAGAAUUGUGUGUCCUCAGAUUGUUGCGAUUUACACUAUUAGUCCGAUAGAUAUUUACUAUUAUUUCCAUCAUUUACGUGUAGACUCGCACAUUAGUUCUCGUCACUGUUGACGUUGUCAUUUUCGUCGUCGUCGUCUUCAUCGUCGCUGCGUUGCUUUAUUAAUUUUUAUUGUGCUGUCAACCGCGCGCUAUCGUUAUUCACCGCUUAGUGUUGUUGUGUUUUUGUUUUGCCUUUGAUUUUGAAGUGUAUGUGGUGCCAGUUACUGUUAAUUCGCUACGCUGCGUUGGCAUUUUUGCCAAGUUUAUGGUGUGCUAUCAACUAGAAAGUGCGCAAAAAGAGCAUAACAAAAUUUGCACAUUAAAAAAUUGUAAGGUGUAUAUACUGUGUGUCUGAUCAGAGAGCAUUAAGCAAGAAAACAAAAAUAAAAAUAACAACGACAACAGUUAUAAAAUAACAAUAUAAUUAUCGUUUUGCUGUGAAUUGAAACAAAUAAAAAUCUCAGUGUGUCUGACGUCACAUCCUCUCUGUUUAUUUUCGCCUUUUUCACUCGUUGCAAUUGCGCGAAUUAAACGAGUGUCUCCGCUGUCGCUACGAGACGAGUGUCCCUGCUACAGCUACAUCACAUUUGGGUGAUCGUCAAAUAGCGCCAUAAAACAACAACGAAUAUACACAAUGUCAUACCCGCACACACAUGUUUGAAACGGUGAAACUUGGCUUGCGAGUGCGUGUGUGUGUCUAGGGCGGUGGAUCGGCGGUUAAGUCUACCCCCUGCAGGCAGCAUUGAAUUACUAGAAAUACUUUUUUUCUUCGCUGUGUUUGAUUGUGAGCAUUUAAUUGAAAAUUCAAAUGUACAUAAGGCACAUAUGCAUAUGUACAUACAUACGUGUAGAUACACAUGCAAAAAACAUGUGAGAAGUGCAAAUCAAUCAGUGGCAGAAAAGUGAAAUUUAUCACGCCAAACGUCAGCUGAUGCGUGAAAAAGUGAAAAUAUGCACAGUUGCCGGCGUGUUGUUGUAUACAAAUUUGUAAGUGUGUCGCGUGAAAUACAAAAAUAUUGCAAAAUUACGCGUGUCCAUAUAUAGUUGUACGUGUGUAUACCACACACACACACACCAUUACAUAAAUAAUUACAAUUCAAUAGUUGCAUAUCCGCUUGCUAUUUGUGACGGAUAUUAAACGCAUAAGCUGCUGAAAAUAGCCAGCAACAAUAACGCGUGUGUUUGUUGUUAUUCCUACAACGCUUAUUACUCUUACUAUUAAUGCAGAAGCUGCUUAUUGGCCAAUUUAAUGUCAUAAAAACCCAAUAGUGUUUAUUUCAUACGACUUGCACUUAUCUCACUACUCUUGUUGUUGUGUUAUUUCGGUGUUUAAUUUUCGCUUUUAUUUGUCAUAAAAUAAUUUGAAACGCUGCAACGUGUUCAUCAUCCAAACAACGGUGAAGUCGAGCUCUAACUUCAUUGCCAACACAUCACUUGCAUCACCAGCAACGCUAUCAGCAUUGCCAUCAGUUGUUGGAAAACAUGCUAAUAAUGUUCAAGUAGCUGUUUGUUGGAUUUAUUAUUUCUACAUCCAUCGACAUCAAUCAACAUUGUUGGCUUUAACUUUACAGCGCCAUGCAUACAAGUUUUAAUUAAAUCAGUAAGCGUUUUUAUGUUAUAAAGAAUAACGACUCCUAUGACCUUGCGCUUUGCCCCACGAACAAUAGCGGCUUUCCAACAACAACCGCAAUUAUUAGCGCCAUGGACUGUCUGCCCAUUAUGAAUGGCGGCAGUAGCAGUAAUAGCAGUGGCAUCGGCACACUCGGCCUUGGCGUUGCACAUCAUCACAUCUUGUCUAACGGCAAUAACAGCACAGCGGCUGCUGUAAUGAGCGGCAGCACACCAACAGUCACCGCCGUUGUCGGUUCAUAUCAGCAGCAACUCGCUAACUUGCAUGCGCAUCACCCACAUCUGAAUUUGAUUGGCCAUCAUGCCGUAACACCGUACAGCAAUAAUUAUCCGCUGCAUCAUAGCAGCAGCCAUCAUCACAUACAGAGCGAGCAGACCAAAUCGCUGCAGGAGCUGCAGCAUGAAGUUGGCGCGCUGUUGGAAUUUCGCGAUCUGGUCAUCGAAACCUUUCCGGAUCUCAAGCAUAAAAUGGCGUCUAUGUCAUCGGCGACGGGUUCGUCCACAACGAACGCAAGUGGUGGCGCUGCGUUGAGUAGCGCUUCGGCGACUGGCGCACACACACUCGCCGGUGGUAGUGGCAGCGGCAGUGGCGGCAUGUCGAAUGCGUCGUUAGUAUCAAGACGCGAGUGGGAGCCUGGCAUACGCCUGAAGCGCAAAGUUUCGCAUAAAGAACCGUCCAUACCGGCAGCCAGCGGCGCCACUGCUGCGGGCGUUGCAGCCGGUGAAUUAUCCUCAUCGUCGCUGACGCGAAGCCGCAGUAAUUCACAUAGCGGUAAAAAAGAGCCAAAGAGCGGAGAGAAUAACAACGGCAGUGUUGUGCAGGAUUCCGGUUUCUCCACGGAGACAAGCUCAUCUAAGGAGGGACAUAGUGCUUCGUCCACAAAUGGUGCUAUGACGGGUCCCACUGCACUGAACCGCCUCUCCUGCCACGAAUCCGACGACGAGCUGCUCAAUUUGCUCGAUGUCAUACAUCGCAAAUCGAAUCGUUUACGCGAAGAAAUGGAUCAGCUGCAGCAGUAUGAGCGCCAGAAUUUGCGCGGCGCCAGCAGCAAUAUUAGCACCAACAACAAUAUUAAUCCAGCGGAUGAGUCGACAACAACAGUUGUUGCUGCAAACGAAUUGUCUGCAGGUGCAACACGCAGUUCUUCGGUGUUGGCAAAGUCCAGUAGUAGCGGCAGCAGUAACAUUACUGUCAAUGGUGCCGGUCUCACACCGAAAACCUUCCGCGAACAUGUGGAACGCCUCAAUAAGGAGGAUAUCAAGCAGUUGCGUAAGGAACGCGAUCGUCUGCUCGAUAAGCUGGCCGAAAUGGAAGCGGAAACUUUAACCGGACGCAUUAAGGCGGCCAAAAUGAAUGAUCAAGUGGAGGAGCUGAUCAGCGUGAAAAAGGAUCUCGAGGAGCAGUUGAAGUUGGCGAUGGCGCAAAAGCUUGAUUUAAGCGCGCGCGUGCAGCAGUUACAGCUACAGCAACAGCAGCCCUCACAGCAGUUCCAGAGUAAGAGUUCUUCAAGUCAAUCCGAUUAUUCGAGUCAACGCAACUUCUUAUCCUCCGCUACCACGGUGCUCUCCACUGGCAGCGCUGCUUCGGCACAGUUUCCAGAGGCUGGUACUGCUGCUGCCACCAACACUAGCACACUAACGAGCGCACAAAGUCGGCGUCAACAUACAUUCCAGCCAGUGGUGGUGAUCGAGCAGCAGCAACACAAUCAGCGUCCGCUACAUGCAGCGCCGCCUGAGGACAUACACAUUGCAUUCCAUCAAAGCGCAGGCAGUGAUAGUAAAAAGCAGCAAACCGAGCAGAGUGAGCAGCAGCAAUUGGGCCGUCUGGAUGGCGUUGUGAGCACACCGGGCGGGCGCUUCAGCAAGAGUCGCUUGAUCGAUUCGAAGCGCUUUGCCGCUAUACUAUUGGAAACGAGCGUAGUCGAGCUGCAGCGGCAUCUGCUGACGCUGACCGUGCAAAAUCAGGUACUGAUGCAAAAGCUCGACUCGGCUACCAAGUCAAAAACACAUUUAGCCAAAAGACUGGACAAAUCAAAGGAUGAUGUAGAGGAUCUGCGUUUUCAGUUGGAGGAGAAGAACAUCGAGUUGGAGGGCACUAAGGCGCAAUUGCGCGUGCUGGAGUCGCGCAUACACUCUGUCACGCCCAACAGUGGCGCGCCAACUAAUUCCUACUUACACUCUCAAAAUGAUUAUGAAACCAAUCGUUCAUCAGCUUCCACUACGCUCAUGUUGAGUCGGCGUGGCAUCGGCAGCGGCGCUAGUGAUACAUUACAGUAUAGCGACUUGCGUUCGGCAACACCAAUUUCAAACACCACCACUACAAUGCCAAUGACGACAACAACAAUCGGCCAAAUGCCCGCACCACAGGUUACACAAAUAUCCACGCCCAGCAUGAAGGCCAUGGUUCACCUGCCGAUGGACGAACUACAACAGCAUAGUAGUAGCACCGAAUCGGCACAUGAUCAUGAGUUGCAAGAGAGUGGCGAUGCACAGACGGCGGCAAGCAGACUGAUGAGCGCCAGUGUCGGUGGCAUAAGUCCGUUUGACAGUGUGGCGCGUGGCAAAAAAGUUGGUAUGGGCAGCAAGCCAAGCAAGAUUCCUUUGCCGGGCAGCAAAGCAGCAGCGUAUUUUGCUGGCAAACCACCCACCGGACGUCCAUCUACGGCAGGUCGCUCACCUCCUUCCACCCACACAUACGGCACCUCGAACUCGUCGAGCAAGUCGUCACUGUGUCGCAGUACCGGCAAUCUGUUAUACAGCAAAUCACCGAACAGUCUGAAACGUGCCGACUCCGCACAAAGUAUACGCAAAGACAACUCAUCGUUGAGCACCAAUACGAGUCGCAGCUCGACAUCUUCUUCCAUACCGUUGGCGACGCAUCACUUGUCAAAUGCUACCUCGAAGUCACCGAUUGGUGCAGUCGCCAGCGCGACACCAACUCCGUCCCCGAGAGUGCUACAAAACUCUCCACUACCGAAACUAAAGCGCGAAUCGCUCACCUCACGCGUACGCCAUUUGGAUUCAUUGUCGCGUGUACAUCAGCAUAAUCAUCAUUCGAACGUCAGCAGUAACGGUGGCUCUGGUGGUGGUGGUGGCAGUGACAUCUCCUGCACAUCGCCCACAAUCUCGGCCUACACCACGGCGCACAACCAUAAUCACAGCAAUUCGGCGCUGCUAACGUCCACUUCGCCCACUGCGCUGUCCAACAGCUCGGCGAGUAGCUACAUUGUGAGCAGCACGCCAAAGCCCAGCGCCAUAGCAGCGCAUAUAAAUGCAACGCUGCGCAAGGACACGCAAUUGAAUACAAGCAAUUAUGGUGCGCAACAAUUUCUGCGCCGCGCCACCGGUGGCAAUGCCACCUCCGCCGCCGCCACUAAUACAGCUGGCUCUGGUCAAAGUGUGGUGAAUAGCAGUGCGACUGCGCGCCGCUUCAGCAGCGCCUCGGUGGUGGGUGCACGCAUAGCGAGCCGCAGUCAAUCGCAAGACGCUAGCAGUGGGGAACACCAGCCGCAACAACAACAACAGCAGCAACAUCAGCAGAGCGAUAGCGAUAGUGGCAAGCAUUCACUGCUCUAUGAGCUGCUGCCAGCUUACAAACCGAAUGAGAACGCUGCCAGCGCCGCAACUUCCCAUAAUUGGCGACAACAACAAUGGCAGCAAGUGUUGACACACGCCUUAAAUAACCAUGGGACUGGAGCUGUCGAUCGAGUGGCUUACAAUCUUACAGAUGGCCCUAGCAUAGGCGGCAGCGCGCUCUCGCCCACCACCUACGCCACGCGCCCACUACCGCUCCAGCUGAGCGCAAAUCUGCAGUUGAAAAGCCAAAGUAAGGAUCAUUGCAAUUUUGUGCGCGCCUACGAGUUGGAGGAGCAAACUAAAUUGCAACAACAACAGCUGCGUAAGAUGAACUCGCUGCUGCCGGAGGUCAGCAUACCCAGCUAUGAUUAUUACUACUCGAACGAAUCGGUGCGCAGUUCAGAUCGUGGCAGCGAUAAUUUGCUGGUGACCUUCGAUUAUGGCUAUAGUGACUCAUUGCUCGAGGAGGCAAGCGCUGAUGCUGAUUUCAGCAUUGAGAAGAAGCAAACGCGUAUUGCGUUGCCCGAACUGCGUGCUGUCGUCUAUCCAAUCAAGGAGGAGUUGGAGAGCGCGCCACUGUGUGAGCAACUGAAUUUGUGGCAACGCAAGCCAGCGUCAGUCAGUUGUUUGGAUAAGUAUGCGGAUGAUGAUUACAGUGAUAGCUGGGAGCAGAAAGAGGAGGACGAAGAGACGCAUGAGAAUAUUUGGUUUAACACAGCGUUGACGCGCAGUCAGCAGGCGGAGCGCAAUAAAACGCGGCUUGGCUCUGAUGCAGAUUUCAAAGUGCAUCACAUGCAACAUGACGCUACUUUUGUGGCGUAUGGAUGUGAUGAUGAUGUUGAGGAGGAGGAGGUGGAGGAGGUAGAACAGAGUCUCGAAUUUUCAGUGAAUGCGCGCAAUAACGGUAGUGAGAGUAGUCGUAGCGCUGGCAGCGCUAAUAGUUUCUACUAUCGGCAGCUGGCGUUGGACCCUUGGCUCAAGGAAGCGGUUGGCGCUGAAGUGCAGGUUGCACAGGAAACACAUGAAACUGCAGCGGAAGACGAAGAAGAGGAAUUUUUUGAUAGCCUGAAUUGAGCGGCGUGUUGAGCACUAUAUAAUUCUAAUUUAUUUAAUUUUUGUUUAGAAUUGUUUGUGUGUUUCGUAUAAUUUGUAUGCAAAUAUUUAAUUGUUUUUUAAUUUUUUUUUUU